AUGCGAGCGCGUCUGCUGCGCCGGGCUUGCGCGCUUUUGGGGCUGCUGAGCGCGGCCGCUUUGCUGGCUCUCCAGCUGCCCUCCCCUCCCUUCGGGGCGCCCGCGGGCGCCGGGGCUAAGGGAGGUGGGAGGGGGACCCUCCAGGCAGGACCCCCCACCGCCCCGGAGCAGCUGGACCAGCCAGUGCAGCGCAAGCCCCCUCCGGAUCCCUCUGCCCCGGGAGAGUGGGGCAAAGCGGCUCACUUGAACCUGGACCCCGAGCAGAAGCUUCAGCAGGAGAGCCUGCUAGACCGCUAUGCCAUCAACAUCUACCUGAGCGACCGGGUCUCCCUGCACCGCCACAUCCACGACGGGCGCCUGGCGGAGUGCCGGGCCAAGCGCUACGCCUACCGGCGCCUGCCCACCACCUCGGUGGUCAUCGCCUUCUACAACGAAGCCUGGUCCACCUUGCUCCGGACGGUCCACAGCGUCUUGGAGACCGGCCCGGCCGUCCUCCUCAAAGAGGUCAUCCUGGUGGACGACCUCAGCGACCAGCCCUACCUCAAGGGCCAGUUGGAGACCUACCUCAGCCGCUUGCCCCGGGUGCGCCUGAUCCGCACCCAGAAGCGGGAAGGCUUGGUGCGGGCCCGGCUGAUUGGCGCCACCUUCGCUACCGGCGAGGUGCUGACCUUCCUGGACUGCCACUGCGAGUGCGUGCCCGGCUGGCUGGAGCCCCUGCUGGAGCGCAUCGCCCAGAACGACUCGGUGGUGGUCUGUCCGGUGAUCGACACCAUCGACUGGAACACCUUUGAGUUCUACAUGCAGUCGGGCGAGCCCAUGAUCGGCGGCUUCGACUGGCGGCUGACGUUUCAGUGGCAGGUAGUCCCCGAGUACGAGCGGCGCCGGCGCCAGUCCAAAGUCGACCCCAUCCGCUCGCCCACCAUGGCUGGAGGCCUCUUCGCCGUCAGCAAGAAAUACUUUGAGUACCUCGGCACCUACGACACCGGGAUGGACGUCUGGGGCGGCGAGAAUCUGGAGCUCUCCUUCCGCGUCUGGCAGUGCGGCGGCGUCUUGGAGAUCCACCCGUGUUCCCACGUCGGGCACGUCUUUCCCAAACGGGCCCCGUACGCCAGGCCUAACUUUCUGCAGAACACCGCCCGGGCGGCCGAGGUCUGGAUGGACGGCUACAAAGAACAUUUCUACAACCGCAAUCCUCCGGCCCGCAAGGAGAACUUUGGUGACCUGGCUGAACGCAAACUCUUACGCCAGCGUCUACAGUGUCAGAAUUUCGACUGGUAUCUGAAGACCGUCUUCCCCGACUUACACGUCCCCGAGGAUCGGGCGGGCUGGCACGGCGCCAUUCACAAUCUGGGCAUCACCUCCGAAUGUUUGGAUUACAAUUCGCCGGAACACAAUCCCACCGGGGCCCACGUGAGCCUCUUCGGAUGCCACGGCCAGGGCGGCAAUCAGUUCUUCGAGUACACCUCCAACUUGGAAAUCCGCUUCAACUCCGUGACCGAACUCUGCGCCGAAGUGCCGGAGCAGAAGGAUUUCGUCGGCAUGAGGAACUGUCCGAAGGAUAAGACGCCCGUGCCGGAAAUCCUAAUCUGGCACUUUAAAAAAGACGGCACCGUCUACCAUCCUCACUCCGCCAAGUGUCUGAGCGCCUACCGUACUCCGGAGGGCCGGGCCGAUGUAAAGAUGAGGAUGUGUAACCCUUCGGAUAAGAACCAACUCUGGAGGUUCGAAAAAUAG